ACGUGCUUAUCACACCAUAAAACAGUGUUAUCGUGUCUCUCCGUUUUAACACAUACACCAGAAACAAGCACCCCUCCCUUACACAACAAGCAAAGCUAGUGGUGGUGGAGGAAGAGCUCAUGGACAACAAAAGUGGUGGGAUGACAGUGCACAAAAAAAAGCAAGAGAGAUAGUGUUCUUUGUUUCACAGUUGUGCCAACAGUAGGAGAGAUCGUAGUGUCACAGUGGGUGUCACCAGCAUUAGGACGAUGUGUCAAGGGUGGUGGUGGAGGCUUCGUGUGCCAGGGUAUCGGAAUGUGAGGAGAAUGGGCAUGGGUGUGUGUUCCAGGUGGGCUAGCCAGCUGCUAUUGCUACUGCUGGUACUGGUGGACACUGCAUGCACAGGAGGCGAUUCAGGACAAAAAUCGUCUGAGGAGGAGCUGGUGGAGAUAGAUGAACAAGAGGAGAUGGUGGAGGAGCCGCUCCUCGUGGUGGAGGAAGAGUUGGUGAUGGUGCGGGAGGCGGUGAUGGAGAGGAUCAGGAGAGACAAGGACGACUCGACCCGUCUCUCUGUUAAGGAGACUUUUGUGGUACAUCAGAGUGCCACGGGCCGGGUGGUGUUGGUGGGGGUGCUGGGGUCAUGCCUUGGGCUUCUGGCUGGAUUUCUUCUGGCUCUCCUCCUGGGUUGCUGCUACGUCCGGUGUAGCCGCGGAAGAGCUCUCGAAUUUAACAAGAAGCACAACACCUACCAGAGCGCUGACGUCAUAGACGGGGCCGUAUGACGUCAUUAGUGUCACCAUGGCGACCCUCCCCUCACACUCAUCUUUAGUUCAGCCCCGUCAAGCCCACCCUCACCAGCUACCAAGUUUAUUAUGAUAUUCUGAGGUGCUAUAUUACCUAUGAUGUCUUGAUCGGUGUUAGUGCCGAUACGUAUGCCGAUAUUGGUGUUUUGUGGCCUUGAGUUUGUGGUUGAUUUACGACUGACCGUUCGUACUCAUUUGUAUACUAAUUUACAUAUAUAUUUACACACUUACGUAUAACCACAUGAUUGGCACUUACAUUUGUGUACUAUUUUCUGUAUAAUAUUUAUAGACCGUAAAUUUCCAUACUAACUUCCUAGUGGUCAUUCACACUCGUACAUACACUAAUUUACCAAUGAACAUACUGCACUGUUCUCUGGCCGUUUAAUCAAAUUCCUUUAACUUCUUAACAAUCACAUUUUCUUUCAUAAAACAAAAACAAAGGUAAAUUCUUCUAAUUCACAAAGGUCUAGUGAGUGUAUCGCCAGGCGUUCGAGGUAGCUUACCUGUAAAUAAGCUGGGGUGUCUAAUCUUCAGGUGAAAUAAACUUGUACCUAAGCUAACAUAAUGUGAAAUAAUAAAGUAAACACCAAG